CGGUUUUAACUUUUUAUUUUUCGCACGAGGACUAUAACUAAAUGUACAUUGGGAAAUAUAACUGCUUAAAAUUUCAAUGAAUUUAUUAUAUGCUGCACUAGCAUUUUGUUCACUAAAAACAUCAUUCCAAAAUUCAAAAAUUAGCAUAUUGUUCAGUCUAUUAUAAUUUAUUUUUGAAAUUAUGGCAGUAUCAAGAGUAUUUUCUUUUUUUUCAACUAUUAACGAUUUAACAAGAAAUCCAGUCAUACAAUGAUCUGUAAAUUCAAAAUAAAAAACUCCCUUUUCACACGACUGCAAAGGAAUAGUAUCGAAACGACCAUGAAUAUGAUCUAGGCAAGACCCAGAACUAAUCCUAGUCGGUUCAUUAAUAAAAAGAAAUAAACAAUUUUCAGCUAGAAUUGAAAGAUAAUAGUAAACAUUUUCAGAAUUAGAUAGAGAAUCUAGAUUAAAGUCACCAACAAUUAUUAAACUAGAGGAAUUUAUGUUAGAUAGCAAGUUUUUGAAAUAUCCUUAAUUUUAUAAUCAAUUUUCAAAAUAUCAGUAGAUGCAAAAGUAUAAUAUGUAACAUCUGCAUUCAAAUAACAAUUUUUUACAAAUACAACCACACCACCAGCAGCAUACGACUCGUUAGUAUUAGCAAAAAAUGUAUAAUUAGGAAUAUUGUACUCCACUAACUCGUUCUCAAAAACCCAAAUUUCAGAGACAAAAAUAAAGUCCGACAUGUUCAUAAAUGUUUCUAAAUGAACUACCAACAAAUCAAAGUUUUGUCUUAGGCUUCUUAUGUUUUGAUGUAUUAUAAAAAGCAAAUAAGUGUUAGACCAAAAUUCAAAAACACUACUACAAUUUAAGCCACAAAUUACCACUAUAACUAUUAUUAAGAUCUAAAUCUAAGUUAUUUUGUUGAAUUAUCAUUUACCUAGGGGUUUCAUAUAUUUAUGUAAUCAUUUUACAUAGGGGUUUCAUAUAAUUUUGUAACUAUUAUUAAGAUCUAAAUCUAUGUUAUUUUGUUGAAUUAUCAUUUACCUAUAGGGGUUUCAUAUAAUUAUGUAAAGCCAAUCUUGUCCUUUGCAGAUGCUCUCUGUACUUACUUAUCAUGUGACUUCUAUAGGUCUUCAAGUCAUUAGCAACUUCCUUCUGAGAAAUCCCAAUUUUUUCGUGAAAUCGAUCAAAGAUAUUUCGUAGCUUUACUAAGUCUGUUGGUAAACCUUCUUGGUUGAUUAAAACUUUAAUAUUUCACUUGAGUUAUACCAUCGACACAUACAUCAUUUUGAUCAAAUAGGUAUGCUAAGUAAAGUCUUACAUUUUUGUAUAUUCUAUGAUCUCUCAGACGCGAAAGUACAUACAUGCUAUCAUCUUGAACAAGCGCUUUUUGGGUUAAUUUUGCAAUUGGUGUGAAUAACGGACUGAUAUAGCUUGAUUUUAUAUUAUCAUUUGUAGUAGCACUUGGUUUUGUUUGAAUGCAUGGAUUAAGUGUUUCACCAAUUGUUAUUAGCUGACGUACUUAUAUUGAAUCAGAAUAUGUCCUUUUCUUUAUUUAAAAAAUUUAACCCUAUAUGUUAACCCACAGUUUUACAUGAUUGAUCGUCAAACGAUACGGUUGAAUUUUUAAAGAACGGUUAAUCAAAAAUUUAAUUUAAUUAAAAUUGCGUAAUAUUAUAUGCACAAAAUCGCAGUUGGCGUAAGUUUAAAGCGGUUUGUUACAGGCAAUCAUAGGAUGACUGAUUGUGAAACCUGUAAGAGAAGAAUAACUGGCGGGAACGGUAUUCGCUGUGCCGGAGUGUGUAACAGAAUCUACCACACUACAGCGAAGUGUGCUGGUCUCGAUGAGUACCAGAUCGGUAUUAUUGAAAGUAAUAAUAAAAUUAGAUUUAUGUGUGAUGAAUGUAUAUUAUAUAUACAAAAUGUUGAUAUGGUACUGCAAAAAAUGGACUGCGCAGUGCAAAAAAACAAUGAAUAUUUAAAGGAAUACAAGUGCGAUUUCGAAAACGCGUUAAAACGUAAUGAAAACGAGGUAAUGGGACUUUUAAGAACAAUCGAAGAUAUAUGUCGAAGGUAUAUGGAACGAUUACAUGAAAUAAAAAAUGAACAAAAAAAAGAGAUUGAAAAAAUGGUUAAAAUGACCGAAAAUUUUAAAGUGGAAAGUGAAAAAUUGAAUGUAGUGCUAAAUAACCAAACAGAAAAACUUAAUAAAACGAUUGUGCACUCGAUAAAAAAAAAUGAUGAGUUAUGCACAAAUAUAAGUAAUGCUAAAAUAAACAAUGUAGGUCAUUCAGUGUCAUUCGCCGAUAUCUUGAAAAAUAAUAAAGAAAAUAAAAAUUCAGUGCCGAUAAUGAAAAAACACUUGCCAUUAAUUGUAAAACCUAAGCAAAAACAAAAGAGUGAAAAAACAAAAAAAGAUCUUAAUACGAAGGUAAAUCCAAAAGACUUAAAAAUAAAAAAUGUGGAAAGUAAAAUGAAUGGCAUUAUAUUGAUAGAGACUGAUUCAAAAGAAAAUAGAGAAAAAAUUAAAACCGAAUUACAAAAAAAAAUGCAAGUUGAUUAUAAUAUCAUACCGAAGGAAAUUAAACCAAAAAUAGAGAUAGUGCAUAUGAAUAACGGUUUCAGUGAGAGUGAAUUAAUAGAAAAAUUGAAAAAACAAAAUGAGGUAUUAGAAAGAGCUGAAAUGAAAAUCAUAAAUUUGCGAACGGUGAAAAAAUUUAAUAGGGAAAUGAAGAAUGCCAUUAUAGAAGUCGAUAAAGAAUCUUUUCCAAAAAUAUUGAAUAUUCAAAAAUUAUGCAUUGGUUGGGAAAGAUGUAAGGUUUUCGAUGCCAUCUCAGUAAAAAGGUGUUUCAAAUGCAAUGGCUUCAAUCAUAAAUCUACAGAAUGUAGGAAUGAGGAAACGUGUUUGAAAUGCACAAAAAAUCAUAAAACUAGUGAAUGUACCGAAAAACCGGUUGACAUAUGUGUAAAUUGCAAAAGAGCUAACGAGAAAUUUAAACUGGGAUUAGAUAUAAAACAUAACUCAUUAAGUAAGCAGUGUGAGGUCUAUAAAAAAAAACUAAACGAACUAAAACAAAAAAUAGGAUACUAGCAAUUAGAGAAAUGUGAAAGGCACGCCUACUCUGCAGAUGAUAUUAACAGUAAUGAGGAUAAUACUAAUGUUGACAAGAACAAUAAUGAUAAUGAUAAAAAUAAUAAAAUUAAUAAUAAUAAAAAUAAUAAUAGUAGUAAUAGUAAUAGUAGCUACGAUAAUUAUAAUGUUGAUGAUAAUAAUAAUGAUGAUGAUUAAAAUAAUAAUAA